CUUUAAGAUGGCGGAGUCAUCGGGUGUACUGGCGUUGGCCACCCUGUUCACCACCCUCGCCCUGGGGGCGGGGGCUGGGUUUCGGUGUAACCCCCCGUCUACGUCCUCGGACACCAUUUAUGACUUUGUGCUGCCAGACAUUUUAGGACAGCGGAAUAUCAGCCUAGCAACCUACAAAGGAAAGGUGGUGCACAUUAUGAAUGUGGCUACCUACUGAGGGUUAAACAGUGUCCAUUACCUCGGCGUGAAUGCACUUCAAAGCCAGUAUGGAGACAUGGGAUUCCAGGCUCUGGGAUUCCCCUGUGACCAGUUCCACAAUCAACAGCCCGAAAAUAACGGGGAGGAGAUCCUUAAUGGUCUGAAGUAUGUCCGACCUGGGGGAGGAUUCGUACCAAACUUCCAGAUGUUCGGCCUUGUUGAAAUCAACGGGAAGAAUGAGCACCCUCUCUUCACCUAUCUCAAGAAAUACUGCCCUCCCACGAGUGAUACUUUUCAGGACUCUAGCUUGCUGCUGUACUCACCUCUAAAAGUCAGCGACGUAAGGUGGAACUUUGAGCAAUUCCUCAUUGGCAAGGACGGUAAGCCAACCAUGAGAUUUUCACCGGAGACCAACCCAUUGGCGCUGAAACCGGAUAUUCAGCGCAUGCUCCAGAGUAAACCGGAACAAGAAGAGUCGUUAAGAAGUGGUGUAUGAGUGAUAUGUUUUGACAUAUAUAUCAGUAUUUUAUCAUGGUUCAAACAUCACUUUGUGUUUUAAUCCUUCAUUGUAUUUAAUACGUCAAUAAUUAUGCUAAUAUUUUUUUAUACAAAUUCCAUUGUUAAUAACAUAUUUUUUGCUGACGAAAUUGAACUUUUCCCUUUGUUACCGAAUGACGGGUUAACAUAAACCGGCGUCUGCCGAGCGUUAACCUUGAUGUACAUAGAAUGAACUUUGGCUUUGUGCAUUCAGUUGAAGGCUCACUCUAUUGUAACGCUCAGGAGUAGUUAAAACAUGAUGCAAAUAAAUGUUGUUAUCUCGUAUUUGAAA